GACCCUUCGGACUUUUUCGGGAGGGGGCGACGCUGAGAUGGGGGCGGCGGCAGCCGAAGCGGAUCGCACUCUCUUUGUGGGCAACCUUGAAACGAAGGUGACAGAGGAGCUCCUUUUCGAGCUUUUCCACCAGGCUGGGCCAGUAAUAAAAGUGAAAAUUCCAAAAGAUAAGGAUGGUAAACCAAAGCAGUUUGCAUUUGUGAAUUUCAAACAUGAAGUAUCUGUUCCUUAUGCAAUGAAUCUACUUAAUGGAAUCAAACUUUUUGGAAGACCCAUCAAAAUUCAGUUUAGAUCAGGAAGUAGUCAUGCCUCACAGGAGGUCAGUUUGUAUCCCCAGCAUCACGUUGGAAAUUCAAGCCCCGCUUCCACAUCUCCUAGCAGGUAUGAAAGGACUGCGGAUAACAUGACUGCAUCAGCACAGAUAAUUAAAAGAUCUUUCUCUUCUCCAGAAAAUUUUCAAAGACAAGCAGUGAUGAAUAAUGUUUUGAGACAGAUGUCAUAUGGAGGGAAAUUUGGUUCUCCACAUCUGGAUCAGUCAGGAUUUUCCCCAUCAGUUCAGUCACAUAAUCAUACUUUUAACCAGUCUUCAAGCUCCCAGUGGCGCCAAGAUGCACCAUCAUCACAGCGUAAAGUCAGACAGAAUUCUCAUCCCUAUCUAGUGGAUAGACAUUAUAGCCGUGAGCAGCGUUACCCUGAUCAUGGGUCCGACCAUCAUUACAGGGGAAGCAGAGAUGAUUUCUUCUAUGAAGACAGGAGUCAUGAUGGCUGGAGCCAUGACUAUGAUAGCAGAAGAGACAGCAGUAGAGAUGGAAAAUGGCGCUCACCUCGACACUAACAAGUGUUAAAGGAUGUUUUAUAAAGUCUAUUCUAGGCCCUUUUUGUUAAGUUGGUCUGGGAAUAUUUUGUUAAAAAACUGUGUAGAGCAGCUUUACAAGUUGCCACAUUUCUUUAUAAAAUUUUAAAAACCUAAUAGCUGUCCAAUACAGAAAUGAGAAGAAUUGUGGUUCUAAUUUUAUUACAUUAAUGACCUUUCACCUCAGGGUUUUAAGAAGAGGAAAGGGUUUUAUGCAAAAGAAAGUUCCACAAUUCCUAAUCAUUUUAGACAGUUGAGGAAAGGAUGUAUUAUAUGAAUUAGUUGUACUAUGAAGCAGAUAUUUUAAUUAUUUGUUACCUUUUUGUAUUGCAAGAAGUUUCUUGUUAGGGAACCAGAUUUUGGUGUAUAUAAUGGAAAACAUUCAAGUUGAUGAUCUGAAAUGAUUCAGUAUUUUGUUAAUAAAUGAGAAAAUGUAAUUUCAGUGAUUCAUUUUACUAACAUUUGAGAAACUUGGUUAAGUGUGGGGAUAAAUCACACUGUUUAACUUCUUAGAGAGCUUAAGUGUAAGUUCUGUGACAUGUUCUUGAGUUUAACCCUAACUGAUCAUACAAAUAUAAAUCUGCACAUGCUGUUUCAUUAUGAAAGUUUAGAAUUUUCUCAUUAAAUCAUGUUUGAUGUACGACUGAAGUCACUCAGGAAGUUAAAUAUCUCAAGUGUUUAUUUUUACAGUAGAAGUACAGUGUUACUGUAAAUCCCCCCUUGCAGGAAAAACAAAAAUGUAAAUGCAUAGUCAGAUAAAAUGGUAAAAUGUUUUACUGAAAGUAAUACUUUUUUUUUGAAAAAAAAAAAAAAAGGUUCAUUAAACCUUAAAGUGCUGCCUCUAUCACUCAGACUUUUAAAAUUUUAACAUUUUCAAAGUGCCCGGGAUGUGUACAGGACACAUUUUAUAAUGGAAAUUGUACAGGUUGCUUUUUUUGUUUUUGUUUGAUCAUUUGAAAGGAUUUAAUCUUUAAAAAUUUCUGAUUUAAAAAAUUUUAAAUCCUGUUUAACAAAACUUUUAUGAUUGAGAUGCUGUUUCCCUUUCAUUGUAGAACUUGUUUAUAAAAAUUCAUUCCGUAAAAUUUGGAUCCUUUUUAAUGUUAACCACAACAUUUGUACUAUGUUGCUUUUUAAUAUAUUGAAAACAAAAAGAA